AAUAAUUGAUCUUCAAAUUGAAGGGUAAUCUCUGUAGUGUAAAAUUUAUAUGCUGGAAAUAACCUGUCAAUUUGAAGAUUUUUUAUGCAAUUUUCUAUCAACUAAUUGCUCUUUAUGCAAUUAUAGACCGUCUACAGCUCUCUAAGUAAUUUAUUUUUUGAUCAUUUUUUAUCAAGUUGACUGUUUAUUUUUUCUAAAACCGUAAAAUCAAUGUGUAAAUUUCUAAACAUUGUGAAAUUAUUAAUAUUUGUAUAAUUUACAUGUGCUCCUUAUAUUAGAUUUAUUCUAAUUUUGUUUUUUCUUUCAGAUUUUGAAUAUGUCAAUUCAUUAAAAGUGUACGAACCUAAACAAAUUGUGAUCUACAAGCAGUUCAAUGAAACUACUUCGCAUCAAGUAAACAUAGAGCAUUUUGAAUCAUCUCGUUUUGGAAUUUUCAUCAUGUUCAAUUUUCGGAAUUCUAUUUCAUCCUGUUGAGUAUAUAUUUAACUUUUUCUUUAUAAUAGACUUUAUCAUUUUAGAUCAAUAAUAGCUUAUAAUAAUUUACUUGUUUAACUUGAACAAAUUGAAAAUUAUGCGUUGUUUUAGCAUUUUAAUAUCAGGGUUCACAUACAUUUAAUGAUAAGCUAUCAAUAUGUCUGUUUAUUGUAUUUUAAUAAAUUAAGUAUCGAAUUAUAGUUAGAUAUAGUGUUUGGAAUUUGUAUAAUCUACCCCUUUGUUGUAUUUAGGACUAUGAUUUUUGAACAUGAUUGAUUGCAAGAUGUUAGAAUUGAAGUGUUAUAUCGAGCAAGUAUAUUUCAUUAGGCUCGUUAUAACCUUUCGAUUUCAGGAUCUCCUUUCAAUGCAUCCAACACUCAAAUGAUAAUUUGUACCAUUAUUAAUUGUACAUAGCCAUAUUGACAUUAAGGUAAAUGCUUAUCACUGAAAAUUGAAUGUUUGACUACUACAAUAGAAAUGUUACCUAGGUCCAUAAAUGUCUUUAAUAUUUACUAGCUUUAUGAAUUUAAAGAGUUUCUUUCAAUCUCAAUCUAUAACUGUUGUUUUGUAACCACUAAUGCAGGUAUGCAUUAAAUUUUUUCACAAUUUACCCAAUUUAUAAUGUAAAGACUAUAUGAUAAUGGAAGAAACAACAUAUCCUCUGUUUUGGAAAGAACAACAUUUGAACAUUUAAAAUAAUUGAUCUUCAAAUUGAAGGGUUAUCUCUGUAGUGUAUAAUUCAUAUGCUGGAAAUAACCUGUCAAUUUGAAGAUUUUUUAUGCAAUUUUUUAUCAACUAAUUGCUCUUUAUGCAAUUAUAGACCGUCUAAAGCUCUCUAAGUAAUUUAUUUUUUGAUCAUUUUUUAUCAAGUUGACUGUUUAUUUUUUCUAAAACCGUAAAAUCAAUGUGUAAAUUUCUAAACAUUGUGAAAUUAUUAAUAUUUGUAUAAUUUACAUGUGCUCCUUAUAUUAGAUUUAUUCUAAUUUUGUUUUUUCUUUCAGAUUUUGAAUAUGUCAAUUCAUUAAAAGUGUACGAACCUAAACAAAUUGUGAUCUACAAGCAGUUCAAUGAAACUACUUCGCAUCAAGUAAACAUAGAGCAUUUUGAAUCAUCUCGUUUUAGAAUUUUCAUCAUGUUCAAUUUUCGGAAUUCUAUUUCAUCCUGUUGAGUAUAUAUUUAACUUUUUCUUUAUAAUAGACUUUAUCAUUUUAGAUCAAUAAUAGCUUAUAAUAAUUUACUUGUUUAACUUGAACAAAUUGAAAAUUAUGCGUUGUUUUAGCAUUUUAAUAUCAGGGUUCACAUACAUUUAAUGAUAAGCUAUCAAUAUGUCUGUUUAUUGUAUUUUAAUAAAUUAAGUAUCGAAUUAUAGUUAGAUAUAGUGUUUGGAAUUUGUAUAAUCUACCCCUUUGUUGUAUUUAGGACUAUGAUUUUUGAACAUGAUUGAUUGCAAGAUGUUAGAAUUGAAGUGUUAUAUUGACAUUAAGGUAAAUGCUUAUCACUGAAAAUUGAAUGUUUGACUACUAAAAUUGAAAUGUUACCUAGGUCCAUAAAUGUCUUUAAUAUUUACUAGCUUUAUGAAUUUAAAGAGUUUCUUUCAAUCUCAAUCUAUAACUGUUGUUUUGUAACCACUAAUGCGGGUAUGCAUUAAAUUUUAUCACAAUUUACCCAAUUUAUAAUGUAAAGACUAUAUGAUAAUGGAAGAAACAACAUAUCCUCUGUUUUGAAAAGAACAACAUGUGUACAAUUAAAAUAAUUGAUCUUCAAAUUAAAGGGUUAUCUCUGUAGUGUAUAAUUCAUAUGCAGGAAAUAAUCUGUCAAUUUGAAGAUUUUGUAUGCAAAUUUCUAUCAACUAAUUGCUCUUUAUGCAAUUAAAGAUCGUCUACAGCUCUCUAAGUAAUUUAUUUUUUGAUAAUUUUUUAUCAAGUUGACUGUUUAUUUUUUCUAAAACCGUAAAAUCAAUGUGUAAAUUUCUAAACAUUGUGAAAUUAUUAAUAUUUGUAUAAUUUACAUGUGCUCCUUAUAUUAGAUUUAUUCUAAUUUUGUUUUUUUUUUCAGAUAAUGAAUAUGUCAAUUCAUUACAAGUGUACGAACCUAAACAAAUUGUGAUCUACAAGCAGUUCAAUGAAACUACUUCGCAUCAAGUAAACAUAGAGCAUUUUGAAUCAUCUCGUUUUGGAAUUUUCAUCAUGUUCAAUUUUCGGAAUUCUAUUUCAUCCUGUUGAGUAUAUAUUUAACUUUUUCUUUAUAAUAGACUUUAUCAUUUUAGAUCAAUAAUAGCUUAUAAUAAUUUACUUGUUUAAAUUGAACAAAUUGAAAAUUAUGCGUUGUUUUAGCAUUUUAAUAUCAGGGUUCACAUACAUUUAAUGAUAAGCUAUCAAUAUGUCUGUUUAUUGUAUUUUAAUAAAUUAAGUAUCGAAUUAUAGUUAGAUAUAGUGUUUGGAAUUUGUAUAAUCGACCCCUUUGUUGUAUUUAGGACUAUGAUAUUUGAACAUUAUAGAAUGAAAGAUGUUAGAAUUGAAGUGUUAUAUCGAGCCAGUAUAUUUCAUUAGGCUCGUUAUAACCUUUCGAUUUCAGGAUCUCCUUUCAAUGCAUCCAACACUCAAAUGAUAAUUUGUACCAUUAUUAAUUGUACAUAGCCAUAUUGACAUUAAGGUAAAUGCUUAUCACUGAAAAUUGAAUGUUUGAC